AUGAAAGCAUUAUUCUCUGUUUUGUGUCUUGUUCUUUUGGUUUCGAUUUUAAGAGCAGCAGUGACAAAACCAGAUUCCGGAAUCUUCACCGGAUGCCUUCGCAAUCGGACUAGUCUGGAGAAUCCAAUCACCGAUGCCAUCUUCACCUCCCGUAACACCACCACCUUCUUGUCUUCUUACGUGUCCUACACGAAAAACAAGAGGUACUCGAGCCUUAACUACCAGAAAUUAGUAGCCAUCGUGGCGGCUAAACAUGUAUCGCAUGUUCAGGCCACGGUGGUCUGCGCAAAGGCUAACGGUAUACAACUCCGUAUCCGUAGUGGAGGUCAUGACUACGAAGGCCUUUCUUACACAUCGUCUGUGCCAUUUGUUAUCCUCGAUAUGUACAAUUUGAGGUCUAUUACUGUUGACGUGUCAAGCAAGAAAGCAUGGGUUCAAGCUGGUGCGACAUUGGGAGAGCUCUACACAAAGAUCAAUGAGGCGAGCCAAACGUUAGCGUUCCCGGCUGGCGUUUGCCCUACGGUAGGAGUGGGUGGGCACAUAACCGGUGGAGGAUUUGGAAAUCUGAUGAGAAAAUUCGGAAUCACAGUGGAUCAUGUCAUUGAUGCUCAGUUAAUUGGUGUCAACGGAAAGCUCUUGGAUCGAGCUACCAUGGGAGAAGAUCUCUUUUGGGCCAUUCGUGGCGGUGGUGGUGCGAGUUUCGGAGUUAUCCUCUCUUGGAAAAUCAACCUCGUCGAGGUUCCAAAGAUCCUGACAGUGUUUAAGGUUAGCAAAACAUUGGAACAAGGAGGUACUGAUGUUCUCUACAAGUGGCAGCUUGUUGCUACCAAAGUUCCUGAAGAUCUUUUCAUAAGAGCCUGGCCUCAGAUUGUAAAAGGAACAAAACUCGGCGAGAGAACCAUUGGGGUUGUAUUUUUUGCUCAGUUUUUGGGUCCAACCGAUAAGCUGAUGGAGAUAAUGAGCCAAAGCUUGCCUGAAUUAGGGCUAAGACGUGAAGAUUGUCAUGAAAUGAGCUGGUUUAACACGACGUUGUUUUGGGCCAAUUAUCCUGUAGGUACACCAACACGCGUUCUUCUAGAUAGACCGUCGACUCCAGGAGAAUUUUUCAAGAGCAAGUCAGAUAACAUAAAAAAACCAAUCCCAAAAGAAGGAUUGGAGAAGAUAUGGAAGACAAUGUUGAAAUUUAACUUUGUAUGGAUUGAAUUCAACCCUUACGGUGGAGUGAUGGAUCGGAUUCCAGCUACUGCCACAGCGUUUCCUCACCGGAAAGGAAACUUGUUCAAUCUUCAAUACUCUACGAUAUGGUUGGACGCAAAGGAAACAGAGAAUAAGCUGACUAUGAUGAAGGAGCUUUAUGAAGUUGCGGGACCUUACGUGUCAAGUAACCCGAGAGAGGCGCUCUUUAAUUUCAGAGACUUCGAUAUUGGAAUCAAUCCGAGUGGUUUGAACGUGGAUGAAGCUAAGAUCUAUGGAUACAAGUAUUUCUUGGGGAAUUUAAAGAGAUUGAUGGAUGUUAAAGCUAAGUGUGAUCCUGAUAAUUUCUUCAAGAACGAGCAGAGUAUUCUUCCUGCUCGCGUAAUGUAG